AUGGAACUUGAGGACAUAAAAUUACAGAUUCAAAUAGUAAAUACUGUGAAAAUAACACUACGCUGUUCUGAAUUUGCCGAACGAGAGCAGUUAUUAAAGCAGAGAGUUGAGGAAUUUCAUAAAGUUAGAGCACGAGUUCGAGAAAUAAUUGCAGUAAACGAAGAACUAAGAAAUGUCAUUAACAGUAACCCAUCUGAUGAAGAAAAUCUUAACUCCAACCAUGUAUCUGAAGAAGAAUACAAGCUAAUUGUGGAAUUACUAAAAGAACUAAAGUAUGACCAGCCAGUGAGACAUGAGACAGAAAAGAAUAACUGCUGCCAAAAUUCUGGCGAACCGGUAAAUAUUGAAACUGGCGGAUACGCUACAGCAAGUGAGGCCGGCGAACCAGCACAUUUCGAGGAAAACGAGUACGCUUCAGCUAGCGGCACUGACAACAAACAUGACUAUAACAUCAAAAUAGCCAAAGUUACUAUAGUUUACAGAGUUGCUUAUCUUCGCCACUACAUUAAACUAAGAAAAGGAAAAUCAAAAUUAAGAAAAAGGAUGAAUAACAUCAAAAAAUUAUUACAUGAUUGGCAGAAAACAUUGAACAUGGUCAUUAACAGUAAUAGACUGUCGAUGUUAAACUUUGAUAUGCAUCAUAAUAUGGAAAUCGCACCACAAGAAGCUGUGGAAGAAUUCUCUAAAUCCAAUCUCCACAAUUUGUCAGAUUCUGACAGUGAUUUUAGAAAUAGUGCUGAUGACGACUACAACAUGAGUUGGAUACAAAAUCACCAAUAUAGACCAUUUUACGAUUACGAUAAUUUUAACCUGGAUACUGCAGUUGCAAGAAAAUGUACAGAUCUAGACGAUUGUUACGACCUGUACAACAGUGAAAAACAAAAAUGUCAGUGCAAAAGAGCGAUCGGUGGUUUAUUUAUGGUGCUAGAAGAAACUAGAAGCCAGGUGGAAAUAGAAAAAAUCAGAAGUGACGAC